AUGGCUACCACAUCAGGAACAGUGACGUCAAUAGACAAACCCGAUUUUAUACCACUAGCAUCAAUCAUAGCCUUUGUUGUUAUAGGUGUUGUAUUUCUUGCCGGGAUUGUCGCUCGAUUUCUUGCCUUCAAUCAAUCUAUUCAAGAAAAUCUCGAUCUUAUGAUCUACAAAGCGGCACCACGACCACCUCCGAUUGGCAAAGCAAACAGAAUGAAUAACGCUAAUCUAUCAGAAAGCAUCAGUAGUAACGGUAUCCAGAAAAGUCCACCUUUGCCGGCAGCGCGCGGUCCAAAGAAUCUUUAA